UCUGGCUAAUCUUGCACGCCACCAACUAGCAUUUAAAGCUGUCUUAAAUACCAGGUUUGACAGUUCUUGUCUAUCGCCAUAAUAGGGCUGUCCAUUUUUGUCCUCCUCUUUUGUUCGCGAGGGGUACAACAUCUUCCACCCCUUCCCCACUCCUCCAAAUCCAUCCACACCUUUUACAAAAGUCCUUUUGAUCUCUCUCUCUCUCUCUCUCCCUCUCUACUUUUCUGUUCCCUCGGUCUUCUUGUUUUUACUCUUGCCCUUCCGCUUGUUUGCUGGUGGUUGUAGUGAGAGCUUUUUCGGUAGGUAGCCAAAUAACCCCGUCCCCUCCCCUCCCCUCUCUCUCUCUCUCUCUCUCUCUCUCCUCUCCUCUUCCUCUCCUUCUGUGGCGGAUAUACCGGCGGGCUUUUAGCAGAAACCCAGAGAAAAAAGAAAAAAAAAGCUCAGGCAAUUCGAAGGGAGAUCUCACUCCUUCUUGGGAUAGAUGGAGGAGGGAAGUGAUUAUCGGCGAUGGGACGAAUUGAUACCCGAUGCUUUGGGAUUAAUCUUUAAGAAUCUGUCUCUUUAUGAGAUACUGACCGUAAUUCCUAGAGUGUGCAAGUCUUGGGGAAAGGCGGUGGGUGGACCUUAUUGCUGGCAGGAGAUAGACAUUGAGGAUUGGAGUAAGGAACGUGGCUGUCCCGACCACAUCGAUCGUAUGCUCCGGAUGCUGAUCACAAGAAGUGCAGGAUCGCUCCGAAAGCUCAGUGUGUCGGGCACUGGUCAAUAUGAUGAUGGAAUUUUCUCUUUUAUCGCCGAUCAUGCUGGUUCAGUCCACACAUUGCGAUUGCCUCGUAGUGAAAUAACAGAUCCAAUAGUAGAAAGCAUAGCAGGAAGGCUUUCCGCUCUGAGUUUCUUGGACCUAAGCUACUGCGACAGGAUUGGUGCUCAUGCCCUCGAAGCCAUUGGGAAGAACUGCAAAAUGCUUCUUGGUUUGUGCCGGAACAUGCAUCCAGUAAAUACUGCAGGGAAGUCUUCAUUGGAUGACGAGGCUCAUGCCAUUGCCUUGAGCAUGUCCAGGCUCCGACGCCUCGAGAUGUCUUACCACAUUGUGAGCACCCAGAGCGUUCUCGAGGUUAUAUAUAGUUGUCCUGAGCUAGAAUUUCUAGAUUUACGGGGUUGCCACCAUGUGGAACUCGAUGAGAAGUUCCUCAAAGAAAGGUAUCCUAAAUUGAAGGUUCUGGGGCCUGAUGUUGUGGACGAGUACGAGAGGAAUGAGUGGGAGGAGUACUCCGAUUUUUCUGAUUUCUCUGAGUAUUUAGCAUGGGAAUUUGUGGCUGGAGAAGUUGGAGAUUACUAUGAUAACGAGAGCUUGGAUGAGAUGUGGGAUGAUGAAGUGAGGUUGGAAGACCUUGAGCUGAGGUUCUACGAAGGAAUCGAAGAUGCUGGACUUCAUGGUUGGGCCCCAUCUCCUUGAGCUUAUGUUUGUAUGCCCGAACUCUUUUUUCGUAUUUGCUGUUUCCUGCAUUAUCAAUAUGCUGUUAGCACUGCUACAUGAUCCAUCUAUGAUGUAUGUACAUGCUUCUGCAAACUGGUAUGUGUUUCCUUCUGGAAUGAAUAUGAAAUAGGAAUGAAUGCCUGGUCUUUGUCCAAUGUCAGAAGGGUUCAAUGUCACGACUCAGCCUGCAAGAGCAGAAGUAGUUUGAAAAUCAUUCCCGUAUAUUUGGCUGAGUGGUUUUUAAGUCUAUGCUCCAUGGAGACAUUGAUUUCAAUUAGGAUAUUUGUUUCAGUGGGCAAGCUUUUGUAGUGCCCCAUUUCCGUCGGUGAGCAGCUGAUGGUGUGCUUAGUGUAUUUAUCGAGUCACUGUGUUUACUAUGACUAUUGUCCAAGAUGCUAUUUGUAGUUUUGUAUUCGUAUUUAACAAGUCUGAAACGACAUUUAGACUCUCAA